CGAGCGAGACGUCUGGGCAGCCCCCGGCGCAGCGCGGCGGCAGCAGCCUCCGCCCCCGGCACGGUGUGCACGCCCGAGCCAGUCCUGAGCUGGUCCCGACCGAGCGCCGGCGGCCGCGUUCUCCCAGACCGGACGACAGGCUACCUCCGCGUCCACCCGAGUCCCGUCUCGCCGCCGCGGCAGUUGCCGCGCACGGCCGCCCGACCCAGUCCCCACUAAUUGCGGAGACCCCUGAGCCAGCGCCUGGGAUCAACGAUGCGACCCUCCGGGACGGUGGGAGCCGCGCUCCUGGCACUGCUGGCUGCGCACUUCCAGGCGAGUCCGGCGCUGGAGGAAAAGAAAGUUUGCCAAGGCACAAGUAACCGGCUCACCCAGUUGGGCACUUUCGAAGACCACUUUCUGAGCCUUCAGAGGAUGUUCAACAACUGUGAGGUGGUCCUCGGGAAUUUGGAAAUUACCUACAUGCAAAAGAAUUAUGACCUUUCCUUCUUGAAGACCAUCCAGGAAGUCGCUGGCUAUGUACUCAUUGCCCUCAACACAGUGGAGAAGAUUCCUUUGGAAAACCUGCAGAUCAUCCGAGGAAACGUGCUCUAUGAAAACACCCAUGCCUUAUCCGUCUUAUCCAACUAUGGCACAAAUAAAACCGGAUUGCGGGAACUUCCCCUGAGAAACUUACACGGUGAGAGGCCCGGGCACGGGGAGGCUGUGGCUGCAGAGAGCAGCUCCGAUGGUACUCAGCAAACCCAGCGUUACUUAAGGACGGAGAAGUUGAAGUUAAGGACAGAGAAUGACCGUAUUGUGGAAUAUGCAUUCGUGCAGGGCCAGUCCUGUUACAUCGGGAACUUCAUGCCCACCACCUUCCUCAAUGCAGGUGUUUACAUGCCCACCAUCUUCCUCACAACAGAGCUGCUACCAGGUGAGGACAAUCGAAAGCUGUCAACUUUUAGUCAGGGGAACGCCCUGACAGGAGCCGGGCAGAGGCGGCCCUGGCAUCAGCAGGUGGACCCCACUGCCAAGGAAGGAUGGUUAACAGUUAGGCUAAGUCCAAGUGGGAAAUCACGAGGAGAGUGCAAGUCCAGUGAGGGUGGCAACAGCCAUGAGGACGCCAUCGUCUUCUCCAGCCACCAGGCCAUAGGCCACGUCUGCCAUCCAUUAUGUUCAUCCGAGGGCUGCUGGGGCCCAGAGCCGAAAGACUGCGUGUCCUGCCGCAACGUCAGCCGGGGCAAGGAAUGUGUGGAGAAGUGCAAUGUUCUGCAGGGGGUGGUGGUGGUGGCCCUUGGGGUGGGCCUGUUCUUGCGCCGGCGGCACAUCGUCCGGAAGCGCACGCUUCGUAGACUGCUGCAGGAAAGAGAGCUUGUUGAGCCUCUUACACCCAGUGGAGAAGCUCCCAACCAAGCUCUCUUGAGGAUCUUAAAGGAAACAGAAUUCAAAAAGAUCAAGGUGCUGGGCUCUGGAGCAUUUGGCACAGUGUACAAGGGACUCUGGAUCCCGGAAGGCGAGAAGGUUAAAAUUCCCGUGGCCAUCAAGGAAUUAAGAGAAGCCACAUCUCCAAAAGCCAACAAGGAAAUUCUUGAUAAUUUGCUUCCUUAAUUCAUUCUUCUCAUUCAAGACAUUCUAAUCUCACAAAAUGAUGUUGAAGUGUGAAUUUCGCAAUAUUUACAACGCAGAGUAAGGGUGCUUUUGAAGACAAGAGCUCUGCUUUGGGAGGAAAGUAGUUUUCACGGCAAAGGACCUCCCGGCCCCCUAAAACUGGGGGAAACCCGCUUUUGUGGGGUAGAGGAGGGGUGGAAGAUCAACACUGGAAAGUCUAAAAAGCGAGUCCCUGUUUCCCUCUUGUUCUGUGUCUCUCCUGCUCUCUUCUGCCUGCAUUUUUGGAGAAGUUUUGUUUGUUUUGUUUUGUUUUUGAGUUUCCCCCCCAUGUUCCUGGGGUAUAAUUGGCAUAUAGCAUGGUGUAAGCUUGAUGUGUCAAUCAAGAUGGCAUGGCUUACACGGUGAUUACCAUAGUGCGUUUCGCUGGCCUCCUUCACUGCCUGUGGAUACAUCCGUUGUGUAUGUAGAUACGAUAAAAAGAAAAAGCAAGAGAAGAAAAAAGUGUCUCCCUGCCAUAAGAACUCUUACGAUCUUCUCUUCUACUUUCUUGUAUACUGGACCACAGUGGGAACUGCUCCUUUUCUCCCUCCAUUAUUUU